UGAAAAUAAUUCAGCUCAGCUGUCACCGUGAAGCUUCGGAACUGAGGAAAUAAAUAGCUUUUCCUACUUUCCUAGUUAUCUGAUUCUGAUACAAGUUGGCAGUUGCACAACACUAGCAGUCAGUACUCACUACUCAGUAGUCAUUAGUCAGUAGUCACUUGUUAGCUUGAUUGUUAGUUGUUUGUCAGUGUUAGUACUCAGAAGUACUUCUGUUGUACAAUCGCCAGUUUACCAGUUUUUUUUAAAUUUUUUAUUUCGUCUUAAAAUUUGUUCAACGUAAUUUGUUACGGCCAUUUUUUACACUGAGUUAUACUGUCAUUAUUGUGUGUUACCUAAUUUAAACCUACACAAUGGAUAAAUACGAUAAAGCCUCWCAGCAUAUUAAAGAUUCCUUGAACACUAAAAAUUUAGCUGAAUGUCUGUCUCAAACAGGACGAUUUUCAUAUUGUGCAUUAUGUGCAACUUCAUUAAGUUGCCUGUAUAAAUAUCCAGCACAUGUAGAUUUUAAGCUGAACUGUUUACGUAUGAUAUGUAAUCAUUUAAAACUAAUGUUACAACUACCUACUAUGCGAGAGAUGGCCAAUUGUGAACUUCCCUUAGAUGCCAAAGUAUAUGUUAGAGCUCUAAAAAAAGAAGAAGUACUUAAAGAAGGCAUGAUGAUUAUUGUACAAGACCUUCUAUUGCUGGCCAUUUCAAAUGGAUUUAAGGUAGGUAUCUAUGAUGCUCGUUGGAGAGUCCUUAUAUUAUAUGUUACUCGUGUAUUUGAUCUUGAUUUAAGUGUAGUAGAUAAUUUUGAAUUAAGUGUUGUAAAUUGUUUAUCAAAUUUUCUACCAGUUCAAACUGAACAAGAACAGGUUGAUGCUGCUCGUCGUAUUCGUAUAUCUAAGACUAAACGUUAUGCAAUGAUUGGAUUUGCAUCAGUUGGUGGUGGAAUUCUCCUUGGUUUAACUGGUGGAUUGGCUGCUCCUCUUAUUGGUGCUGGAUUAUCUGGUAUCAUAGGAACAUCUGUUGUCGGAGCUAUAGGAACAGUAGGUGGUACAGCUAUUGUCGGAUCACUUUUUGGUGUUGCAGGAGCUAGUUUAACUGGAUAUAAAAUGCAUAAAAGAGUUGGGGAUAUAGAAGAGUUUCAAUUUCGUAAACUGUCAACAGAAACAGAAACUGGAGAUAUUCACUUACAUAUAACUAUUGUAAUAUCUGGAUGGUUAAAUGAUGAUAUUGAAACCAGCUAUUGUCAACCUUGGGAAUAUCUUCGAGACAGUCCAGAACAGUAUUACCUACGAUAUGAAUCAUCUUAUCUGUUAGAGUUUGGAAAAGCUAUGGAAUACUUUUUUAGUUUUGCUGUUUCUGUAGCUGUUCAAGAAUCUCUGAAGUACACUGUACUCUCAGGUCUGAUGGCAGCUAUUGCAUGGCCUGCAGGACUUUUAGGAUUGGCUUCUGUCAUUGAUAAUCCAUGGGGUGUGUGUUGUCGACGAUCAGCACAAGUUGGAAAACAAUUAGCUGAAACUCUACUUUCACAUAGUCAUGGUAAUCGUCCAGUAACAUUGAUUGGUUAUAGCCUUGGAGCUCGAGUUAUCUAUUAUUGUUUACGAGAAAUGUCUCAGAGAGAAAAAUGUCAAGGUAUUGUCCAAGAUGCUAUCUUAAUAGGCACUCCGUGUACUAGAAAUUCUUCAGAUUGGAACAAAAUUUCAGAGAUUGUGGCUGGAAGAGUGGUGAAUGCAUAUUGCAGGAGUGAUUGGUUCCUAAAAUUUCUGUAUAGAACACUUUCUAUGCACGCAAAUGGAGUAGCUGGUCUUCAAGCUAUUCAAUCAGUUAGUGAUAGAAUAGAAAAUAUUGAUCUGACCAAUAUUGUUUCAGGACAUUUUGAGUAUCCACAAAAACUUACAGAGAUUUUAAUGUACAUUGGAGUUAAUGUAGAUAAAUCGGCUAAACUUCAAUUAAUAACUACACAAUCUAUGCCAGAAAAAAUGUCUGAACAUUUGAAAAUAAACGAUAAUUAUACUGUCAAAAAAUCAAAAUCAGUAAUUGAUCUAGCAGUUCUAGACACCAAAACAAAUGUUGCACAGUGACUGUUUUUUUAAGUAAAAUAUAUUGAGCUUAUUUCUUCACUUCAAUAUCAUAUUAAGUUCUUUAUUGAAAUUUAUGUUUAAGAAAAAAAUAUUUUAAAUUAUUGUGUUACAAUUUUUAAGUUUAUGAGCAUAAUUCAUUAUAACAUGGUGCUUUAAAAAUGAUUCUUACAAAGCAGCUUAUUUUGAAUUCUUGAUUACAUUAACAAACAAAUUAUUCAGAGCCUCCUUUACUGUUGGUUAAACAAGGAAGAAAACCAACAAAUAAUGUUUUUAUAAAUUUAUUUGAUAAUGUAAUAAAAAAAAAAUWUUUUUUUCUUAUAAAUAUAAUAAGUAGCUAUAGGUUAUAAACGAUUAGGUGAUAAAAAUUAAAAWGUAUUAACUCUAAGUGUUCCUAUUACUUUUAAUAACAUGUUCCAAAGAUUUAAUAUCUAUAUUAUUUUUUAAAUAUAUAUUUAAUUGGGGUAUUAUGAUUUUUAAUUAAUAUACACAACUUUCUACAAAUGGAAAUCACUAUAUCUGAGAUCAUACUUUUAUUUAAUUCAAUAAUGAAGAAACAUAUUUUCUUAAGCAAUAACCAGUUCCUCAAAUUUUUACUAUUUUAUAAAAUUCUUUAGUCAUCCUUUACUUACUAGCUUUGAAUUAGGAGGUGAACACCUCAUAAUGGUUUAUCAAAAUAUUCUUUUUCUUUCAAAUAUGACCCCAUAAUGACAUUAUCAUUUUUACAUUAUUUAAAACUUUUAACUAAGCAUUCUUUUAUGUUAGAAAAUCCAAUAUCUCUUUUUCUUUUGCGAUAACUAGAAAAAUUCAGAUAAGUUUCUCUUGUAUUUUUAAUUUUGGUAUACAGUGUUCUUGCUGGUAUUCUAAAUUCUUCUUUCUUCCAAUUUUUUCUGCUUCAAGCACCCUUUUAUAUUCAUCAUUAGUUUAGUUUUCAAUGAACUAGGUAUCUUUGGAUUUGUAUUAAGUAAUAUAACCAUGCAUAUGACCGAUAAAUUAUAAUUAACCAUACCUAAUUGUACAAAACUAAAA